AUGGCAGCAGAAAAGACGGACGAACCUCCAGUUUCAUGGGCCUCGACUGGGAGCCAGAUACAACCUUACGAUGGGCCACCUAGAAACAUAGCUACUAUUGAUGCUCUAGACUUUGGAGCCAACCUAACCCCCAAGAAAUAUGAGAUUUCAGGGACUCACGCAGACUCCAAGGUCCUGUUCCUAGAUGUUAAUAUUUUGGACUCUACUGGCAGGCUCCCAUAUCAGGGCGAUGUUCUCAUCGAAGGCGAGAGAAUAACCGCCGUUGGUGCAGUUCCGGGGAAGGAGGAUCUUAAGAAAAAUCCCCGAGUACGAAAGAUCUUCGGACGUGGCCGCACGUUAAUGUCCGGUCUAGGUGAUGCCCACACGCAUCUCUCCUGGAACGGUGGUGACCUGGAACGGCUCGGCGAGCUUGCAGUCGAAGAGCAUACAUUGCUCACGGCAAGGAGCGCCCAAUGUUAUGCUGACUCUGGUUACACGAUGUGUUUUGGAGCGGCUGCAGCUAAGGAUCGACUGGACGUAGUGAUACGUGAUUCGAUCAAUGCUGGCGAUAUACCCGGCCCCCGGUCUCUAGCUAAUGGCAUGGAGAUUGCUAGGCGUGAUGGGGAGUUGAUAGCUGGAAUCACGGCGUUUGCGGAUGGGCCAGAGGAGAUGAGGGAGGUGAUCAAACAUCAUGCUGAGCUAGGAGUUGACCAGAUAAAGCUUAGCAUGUCAGGCGAGGAAAUAACGGAGACAAGAAAUGCACAAGACUGCUAUUUUACAGAUGAGGAGACAGCUGCUUGCGUCGAUGAGGCCCAUAAGCGUGGUAUACGUUUAUGUGCACAUGCACGAGCUCGAGAUUCGGUGAAGAUGUGUGUCAAGCAUGGAGUCGACGUAAUAUACCAUGCCUCCUACAUUGACGAUGAAGGAAUGGACAUGCUUGAGAAAAACAAAACGAAACACAUUGUUGCGCCCGCCUUGAACUGGUUGGUCAACAUAUUCACCGAAGCCGCAAAGUUUGGAUACCCACCAGAAAAGGCAGAGGAGGUAGGAUACCGGAAAGAGAGGGACGCGGCACUUCUAGCUCUACGGGAGAUGCAUCGUCGUGGUAUCGUUAUAUUACCAGGAGGUGACUAUGGCUUUGCUUGGACGCCUCAUGGCACCUAUGCCCGAGACCUCAUGCACUUCCAGGAUCUACUAGGCUUCACGGCUCAUGAAAGCGUUAUCGCCGCCACCGCCGGCGUAGCAAAGCUGUUCAUGCGUGAGAACGAGCUGGGAAAAAUCCUUCCGGGUUACUAUGCUGAUUGUAUACUGGUCGAUGGUAACCCACUAGAGAAUAUUUCUGUGUUGCAGGACCAUAGGAAAUUGGACGUUAUCAUUAUCAAUGGGCGGGUGCAUAAGAUUGGGAUGAAGGAUGGCGCUGGAAGAGCUUCUGCUGCUUCUGCCGGCGCUGAUGCGGAAGAAGGGAGGAAUGGGAAUGGGGUGAGCAACGGGGAUACUAUCCACGAGGAGUUUCCGGAAGUCAAGAGGAGUAUGCAGAAGAAUUACUAG